GUCUCGGCUUCUACAAAAACCAGAUUUUUUCCUCUCCGCUUCUUCCUCUCUCUCUCUCUCUCUCUGGGUUUAAUAUCUUUUCUUCUCUGCUCACAAAUCUAUAAAUCAACCAUUGACACAGUUUCUUAGGGUUUCCCUCAAACGCCGCCGAUUCUCUCUGGAUUUUGACCAAUGGCCUUGGAUCAAUCUUUUGAAGAUGCUGCAGUACCGGGAGAACUCUAUGGGGAAGGUGCAUUUUGUUUCAAGAGCAAGAAACCUGAACCCAUCUCUGUCUCGGUUCCUUCUGAUGAUAGCGAUGAUUCGAAUUUCGACUGCAAUAUUUGCUUAGACUCUGUGCAAGACCCAGUUGUGACUCUCUGUGGUCACCUCUUCUGCUGGCCCUGUAUUCACAAAUGGCUUGAUGUACAGAGUUUCUCGACAAGUGAUGAAUACCAAAGACAUAGACAGUGUCCUGUUUGUAAAUCUAAAGUGUCUCAUUCUACUCUGGUUCCUUUGUAUGGCAGAGGCCGUUGCACAACUCAGGAAGAAAGUAAAAACCUUGUGCCUAAAAGACCACUGGGACCAGUUUACCGGCUUGAGAUACCGAAUUCGCCUUAUUCUAGUGCCGACCUGCGGUUAUCACAACGGGGUCAUUUCAAUAGCCCACAGGAAGGUUACUACCCUGUCUCAGGGGUGAUGAGUUCCAACAGUUUAUCAUACUCUGCUGUUUUGGAUCCAGUGAUGGUGAUGGUUGGAGAAAUGGUAGCUACUAGAUUGUUUGGAACACAAGUGAUGGAUAGAUUUGCAUAUCCGGACACUUACAAUCUCGCUGGGACAAGCGGGCCGAGGAUGAGAAGGCGGAUUAUGCAGGCGGAUAAAUCACUGGGAAGAAUCUUUGUCUUCUCUGUGUGUUGUGUUGUUCUGUGUCUUCUCUUGUUUUAGGUUCUCAUAGAUAGGUUGGUUCUACUGUUCACUUUUAAGUGUAAGGAAACAUAGUCAAAGAAAUGUACAUUUGUGUUGGAAACAAAUCAAAGUUGCUUAAUGUUGAGGAGUUUGUGCUGGGUUACAUUUUGUGUAGUUUUGGUCUGGAGGAUAGUGCCGUCUAAGAUUAGAGGCCAUGUUAAUGGGCCUGAUUAGCACGUGUGUAUACCUUAGCCUAUGAGGAGAAAAAUAAAACUUGGCUUUUCGACUGUUU